UUCUUUUCUCCUAUUGGACGUAUUUUUUCUACGGUCAAGAGUCUUAAAAGUGCCAAUUAAGUUUGUAACAGCAUUGAAGUUUUCCCAGUUUACCGUUUACCGUUUCCCGGUUCCAAUGGGCAUUGUAAAGCCCGCAGCUCACGGGCAAUCAUCAGAGCAAAUAUAUACAAAUGUAUCUGACCUCGUAAUGGAAGGAAUGUGAUGCUGCUAUGAAAACCCCCGCCAUGAUGACCGCGUCACCCUUUGCCGGCGGUCUAGCCAAAUAUCUUAAAAGGAACUUCACCCCUGGCUAUUUAACCCCUGGAUAUCAAGCUAUCAAGCUCUCGAACUAACUAGAAGAUGGGCGCCCACGGACAAGAGUCUUUGAAAAUCUCAAUACGAGUUUUCAGACCCGAAGACCUCCAGGAUGUCCAAAAGUUGUACAUCGAGACGAGGAUCCAUGGAUGUGCGUGUGUUCAAUUUUAUUUUUAUUUUUCACCUGAACAACUUUUGGAUCUUUUCCGCUCCCCCCCCUCCUCCCCCACAGCUGGCUCCCCGUUCCGUUUGGCACUCCGUCAAUAUCUACUCACGCCCCUUUCAUACGGUUUUUAUUCGCUCUUUUUCAUCGGCAUUUGCAUUUUCCUACGAAAUCCUAUCGGGUAUCUUCGAGUCUUGGGCACUGUGUUUAUAGUGUCUUCCGUGGUUUUUGUCGUUGGAACGGGGUUUCCGAUUGGGAUGUUUGCGUAUUUUGGAUUUAGGAGUUUGUAUCGGGGGGAUAUGAAGGACGUUGCUACGCAUUAUCGAGUCCGGGAGUCUCAAAUGGAGAUAGUAGCUGGUGCUAGUUCGUUUUGGGUGGCAGAGGCCGAAAUGGCGGGGGGGAGACUGAGGAAGAUUGUGGGCUGUGUUGGUUUAGACUGCUUUUCCAAUGACGAUUCUACGGAAGGAGAGCUGAAACGGAUGUUUGUUUCGCCUGCUUUUCGUGGACAUGGUAUAGCGACGAAGUUGAUGCAAGCUCUACUUGAGCAUGCGAGGAAACAUGGCCUAAAGCACAUUUAUCUGCAGACCACUGCGUUGAAUGAUAAGGCGGUGGUUAUGUAUAAGAAGACUGGAUGGCAGAUGGUCAAGAAACAAACGUUUAGAGUCGGGUUUCUGAAGGGCGAAGGGUACGAUUUUCGGAUGAAGUUGGUUAACGAGUCGUGAAGUUGUUAUUUAUCGGAAAGGGUAUGUAUGGCAUAAAUUAUUCGCGCUGUGUCGUUCUAGAUGUUAUCGUAUUUUUUGUUAAUAUUAGGUGGUAGGUGACCGGUGAAA